AUGCCUACCUCCUCCCCUGUCUUUCGGCACUCAUCCCCGGCUUAUGGAUCCGGGCUCCGGAAGUCACGAUUUACUCACAGGCAGCUUGCAUUGUUAGCUUCAUACUCAACGACCUCGCCUCUGCGGGUGAUCGCUCAUAUCGAUCUCGAUGCGUUCUACGCGCAAUGCGAAAUGGUCCGGCUCGGUACACUGGAAGACCAGCCCUUGGCAGUACAGCAAUGGCAAGGCCUCAUUGCUAUCAACUAUCCGGCACGCAAGUUUGGUAUUGGACGGCAUUGUACGUUGACGGAAGCGCGUAAGAUGUGUCCUCAGCUUAUCGCACAGCACGUUGCGACCUGGAAGGAAGGCGACGAGACGUGGGCAUAUCAUGAGGACGCUGCAGCUCAAAUAGGGACGCACAAAGUCUCCUUGGAUCCUUACAGGCUACAAUCAAGGAGGAUCUUAGCUCUUAUCAAAGAGUUUUUUCCGGCGGAUAAGCAAAAAGUCGAGAAAGCCAGUAUCGAUGAAGUUUUUAUCGACUUGUCUGCUUAUAUACAUUCCAUCCUUCUAGAGAGGUUUCCGGAAUUAAAAAACCCUCCGCCUUAUGAUGACCCUUCCGAAAAGUUAGCACUGCCACCAGUCACAGCUCUCGACUGGCAGGCUGAUGCGUUGGUUGAUCUCGAUGAUGUCGACGCAGAGGCGGAUGACCCUGACUGGGACGAUGUGGCUCUGUUGAUCGGGUCGGAGGUAGUUCGAGAUAUACGAGCUGAGAUCCGCAAUAAAAUCGGCUACACCUGCUCUGCAGGAAUAGCAAGUAAUAAAAUGCUCAGUAAGUUGGGCUCGGGUCAUAAGAAGCCCAACCAACAAACAGUCAUUCGUAACCGAGCGGUACGGCACUUUUUGUCUGACAUGAAGUUCACCAAGAUACGCAACUUGGGUGGAAAGCUUGGCGAGCAGGUUGUAUCCACAUUCGACACAGAGUCUAUCAAGGAGCUCCUGGGAGUUCCAAUAGAACAACUGAAAUCUAAGCUCGGGGAUGACACGGGUACAUGGUUGUACAACACAAUACGCGGCAUCGACACUAGCGAGAUUAAUUCCCGCACACAAAUCAAGUCUAUGCUCUCGGCAAAGUCGUUCCGUCCGAGCAUCAACAAUAUUGAUCAGGCCAGCAAAUGGUUGAGGAUUUUUGCCGCCGACAUAUUCUCGCGCUUGGUUGAGGAAGGUGUAUUGGAAAAUAAACGGCGGCCCAAGACUAUCCACCUACAACACCGACACGGAGGCCAGAUGCGGUCCAAAUCAAGUGCCAUUCCUCAGGGCAAGAAACUUGAUGAAACCGCUUUAUUCAAUCUUGCCAAGCACUUGAUGAACCAAAUCGUACUAGAAGGGAGAGUAUGGCCUUGUGCUAAUCUUAGUUUAAGUGUCGGAGGCUUUGAGGAUGGUGUCACGGGCAAUAUGGGUAUUGGUGCGUUCUUAGUAAAAGGCGACGAAGCCAAAGUACUCAAAGCCGGCUCCAGGGAGUCAACCACAGAACUAUCAGAAAGAUCGCAAAAGCGGACGCGGCUCGAGUCACCAACUAUUCAAAGUUUCUUCAGGAGGGACUCAUCCUCUGGAGACGUCGAAUCGCCAGAGGACAGCGAUCGCGUUCCUGAAACCCGUCCAUUAUCAGACGACCAAUCCCAGAACCAGAUACCACUGACAGACCACAUGUGCACGCGAUGCAAGGCGAAUUUUGGGAAUGCAGACGACUUACGGAGUCACCAUGAUUGGCAUUACGCGAUGGACCUUCAAGCCCAAGACGAACGUGGCAGUUCCGGAUUUGCCAGUCAAGCAUCAGGACUACGAAGCCAGAAGCAAAAGAACGCCUCUGCAUCGACUUCGAAGAAGCCUCCGCGCAAGAGCAAUAAUAAGCUUGAGCAGGGGCAGAGUAGGCUGAACUUUGGAUAA